AUGGCUACCCCUAGUGUUCUAGUCUUUGACACUGAGGGUCGGGCCAUUGACUUUGAGGUCUGGGUGGAUGACCUGCAGCUGUUCUUACAGUGCGAUAGGGCAGAUGGUCUCUCUCUCUUUGACCUCACCUCUGGCGCCUCCACUGCCCCUGCUGCUGACGCCGACGCCACUGUUCGCUCCCAGUGGGCCACGCGCGACGCUGCUGCACGUCUUGCUGUGCGUCGCCACCUCCCUACCUCCGAGCGUGCACACUUUAGUCAGUACAAGAGUGCUCAGACCUUGUACGACGCUGUAGUUGCGCGCUACUCCUCCCCUGCCACUGCUGCACUGAGCCGUCUCAUGCUACCGUACCUCUUUCCUGACCUUUCUGCCUUUCCCACAGUCGCUGACCUCAUUACGCACCUCCGCACUAGUGACACUCGCUACCGCGCUGCACUCCCUGCUGACUUCUGCGCCAAGAACCCCCCCCCCAUGUACAUCACUCUUUACUACAUAGUCACUCGCCUUCCUGACUCCCUUCGCGUAGUCAGGGACCACUUUCUCUCUGUCUGUCCCACCACUCUCACUGUUGACCUCCUCGAGAAGUCCCUCCUAGCGGCCGAGAAGAGCAUAGUCGCUGUAGGGGCCUCUCGUGGUGACCCGCGCACCCCCAUCUUUGAGGGGUGUUCCCCCUCCCCCCUUCUCCCCUCUGUUGCCUCUGCUGCUGCGGCCGACCUCCUUGGUCUUGAGUCGGUCGGUGUGGCGUCUGCCCCUAGUGGGAGACGCCGCUCUGGCAAGGGCAAGGGGGGCAAGGGCACUGGAGGAGCGAGCGGGGGCGGUGGAGGUGGAGGUGGCGGCAGUGGGGGGAGUGGGGGUGGCGGUGGGAGUGGAGGUGGGGGUGGAGGAGUCGGUGGCGGCAGUGGAGGCGGAGGUGUCGGCGGCGGUGGCAGUGGGAGCGGGGGUGGCGGAGGUGGCGGCGGCGGAGGCGGAGGUGGAGGCGGCGGCAGUAGCGGAGGCGGCGGAGGCGGAGGAGGCGGCGGGGGUGGAGGUGGUGCUGGUCGCGGGUCUUCGCAGAGGAGUGGCUCCGGUGGUGGCUCGCGCCAGCAGCAGCAGCGUGGUCGUGACACCUUGUCCCCUCAGCAGCUUCGUGAGUGGUACACUGCGCGUCAGCGAGGUGGGGGUUUUGGUCCGUGCUCCUACGUUUUGCGCACCGGCGACCGUGCGGGUGAGCAGUGUGGGGGUCCCCACCCCACUCAGCGCUGCUUUGGCCGCCUGACGGACGCGUGGCGUCACCAGUUCCCGGAGGCCUCAGAGAUCCCUCGUUGGGGUGACCUGUCCAGGGCGGGUGUUGCCAUCUAUGAUCUUGACUUUGAUGCUAUUCUCUCUGCCAUGUAUGCUGUGUCUAUUAGUGAUGAGGGUGACUGUUACCGGUGUUUCCCGCCCGAUCCGGGUAUUGAGACUGCUGCUCUAGGUCCUGGUGAGGCUGCUGCCCUAGGUGCUUGCGACGCUGCUGCCCUAGGUGCUCGUGUGUCUGUGUCCUCAGGUACUGGUGAGUCUGCGCUCUCAGGUACUACGUCGGCUUCGGCCUCCCUCACCUUCACCCUUGACUCUGGGGCGUCUCGCUCCUUCUUUAGGGACCGCACCACACUCACACCGCUGAGUCGACCGGUUGCAGUGUCUCUGGCUGACCCCUCUGGGGGUCCUGUCCUGUCUCGCUUCUCCACAGUCCUCCCGUGUCCGGCGGCUCCCUCUGGCACCCUGUCUGGUCUCUACCUCCCCUCGUUCUCUACGAACCUGGUGAGUGGUGCUGACCUACAGGAUGCGGGUGUACACCAGUUCACUCCUGCGCGUCAGCGGGUGACGCACUGUACAGAGGCUCGCACAGGCCGACACCUGGCUACGUUUACCCGUCAGCCGGGGUCGAGCCUGUACACACUGACCACUGCGUCUCCUCCCGUUACUGAGUCUGGUAGAGUCGCUUCGUCGGGUCAGGUGUUUGCUGCUGCGUCCAGGUCUGGUCCUGAGUCUGCCCCCUGUUCUUGUCGUCUCCUGUCUCACGAGACUCUUCUCUGGCACCACCGUCUUGGUCACCCCUCUCUGCUUCGGCUCAGAGGCAUGGCCUCCCGUCUUCUAGUGUCUGGUCUCCCCCGGUCCCUCCCUCCCCUUCCUCAGGGCCCUGGCCCUACCUGUGUCCCCUGUGUCGAGGGGCGCCAGCGUGCUGCCCCUCACUCCUCCCAGUUUCCUCCGACAGAGGCCCCGUUGCAGACGCUCCACAUGGACGUGUGGGGCCCAGCCCGCGUCCGUGGGCAGGGUCACGAGCGCUACUUCCUGCUCGUUGUUGACGACUACUCGCGUUACACCGCAGUCUUCCCCUUGCGCGGCAAGGGUGAUGUCACUGAGGUGCUGAUCGACUGGAUCCGCGCAGCUCGUCUCCAGCUCAGGCAGAGCUUUGGCUCCGACUUUCCUGUUCUGCGUCUGCACUCGGACAGAGGCGGAGAGUUCUCCUCUGGCCUUCUGCGAGCCUACUGUCGUGCACGAGGCAUCCGUCAGACCUUCACGCUCCCGGACUCUCCGCAGCAAAAUGGGAUUGCUGAGCGCAGCAUUGGCAUGGUCAUGGACGUCGCUCGUACGUCUAUGAUGCAUGCGGCUGCCCCCCAUUUUCUGUGGCCGUUUGCGGUGAGGUACGCGGCACGUCAGAUCAACCUUCACCCCAGGGUCUCCAGGCCGGAGACCUCCCCAGCCUUGCUGUGGACCGGGAAGGUGGGCGAUGCGUCGGCGUUCCGGGUCUGGGGAUCUCGGGCGUUUGUCCGCGACUUGUCUGCGGACAAACUGUCCCCUCGUGCUGCUCCUUGCGUCUUCCUGGGGUUCCCCCCAGACGCGCCUGGGUGGCAGUUCUACCACCCCACCUCUCGCCGUGUUCUGUCCUCUCAGGACGUCACGUUCGACGAGUCGGUACCUUACUACCGCCUCUUCCCCUACCGCACUCCGUCCCCCCCCCCGCCCCCGCUCUUCCUUGUACCAGGUCCCCCCCCGGUAGACCCCCUCCCCCCUCAGGGUCCUGCCCCUUCAGGUGUGUCCCAGGUAGACGCAGUCGAGCCUGUCGAGGUCACUGGUGACUCUGGUGCUGCUGGGGGUGCUGAGCCUGGGGGUGCUGGGCCUGGGGGUGCUGGGCCUGGGGGUGCUGAGCCUGGGGGUGCUGAGUCUGGGGGUGCUGAGUCUGGGGGUGCUGAGCCUGGGGGUGCUGAGCCUGGGGGUGCUGAGCCUGGGGGUGCUGAGCCUGGGGGUGCUGAGUGUGGGGGUGCUACGCCUGGGGGUGCUUUGCCUGGGGGUGCUGGACCUGGGAGUGCUGCGCCUGGAGGUCCUCCGCCUCGAGUUUCUACGCGUGCUUUGUCUCGCCGGGAGCCACUCUCUCCACAGGAGCUGCGCGAGUGGUUUGCCCGGCGCUGGAGCCGUGCUGCUGGUGCUGGAGGUUCGUCGGCUACUGAGGGUGCUGCUGUUGCGGGUCCCGGAGGUGCUCGUACUGGGAGUACUGGAGCUGCUGGGCCUGCGGGUUCGACUGGAGCUGGUGCUGCUGAGGGUGUUGGCGCUGAGACUACCACUGGCGGUCCUGCUGGGGGUGCUCCUGGUGUUGCUCGAGGUUCUGGUGCUACUGGAGGUGCUGCUGGAGCGGGUGCUCCUGCUGGGGGUACUGGUGCUGUCCCUGCUGUUUCUGGCGUAGCUACGCGGCCUCGACCGUACUUCGUUCCACUCCUGCAGCAGGUUCUUGGUCUUCCGCCCUCUCCUGGUCCUCCUCCUCUCUUGGAGGGUCCACAGCCUGUCCCGUCGCGGUCACUGCUACAGCCUACCUCCCCUUUGCCUGCUCCUUCUCCCUACACUGGUCCUACUGGAGGUCUUACUGAGCGUCGUGAGCCUGCGUCUCGCCCUGCGUCGCCUGUCCGUGCUGCUCGCGCUAGUGGUCGUGGUUCGCGUCAGCGUCCUCCUCCUGUCCCUGGCACGCACAGGAUGUCUCUGCGUCCGUCUACUGCUCCUCUGCGUGCCCCUUUGCCUUCUCCUCCUGAGUCCUCUCUUCCUGCUCUUCCCGACCCUGCGUCGGACUCUCUUCGUGCUGCCAGUCCUACUGUCACGCGUCUCCUUGCUACUGUCGUCACUGACCCUUCCUUCGAGUCUACUGCUGCGUCUGCCCUAGUUACUGAGCUCGUCGACUUUGCUGCUCGCUGUCGCCUAGACUACGCUGCUAGUCUUGUCGCUGAGUCUGGGUCUGCCUGUCCUCCGUCAGUCGGGGGUGAGUGUGCCCUUGGCACGGACGUCCUUGAGGACAGGCAGGAGGAGUUCCAGUGUCUGGCAGCUGCUUCACCUCAUCUCGUGUCCGUACUGCUUACCCCUGAGGGAGACCCGGAUGCACUUGACAUCCCGACUCCGCGCUCUUACGCGGAGGCGAUAGAGGGUCCCUACUCCUCUCAGUGGCAGGCAGCUAUGGAUGCAGAGAUGGCUUCCUGGAAGUCCACAGGCACCUACGUUGACGCUGUCCCCCCUCUUGGGGCGAACAUCGUCAGUGGCAUGUGGAUCUUCAGGGUGAAGCGGCCGCCGGGUUCUCCGCCUGUCUUCAAGGCACGUUACGUGGCUCGUGGCUUCAGUCAGCGACAGGGAGUUGACUACUUUCAGACCUUCUCCCCCACCCCGAAGAUGACCACUCUUCGGGUGCUGCUACACGUUGCUGCUCACCGUGACUACGAGCUGCACUCUCUCGACUUCAGCACUGCUUUCUUGCAGGGCAGCCUGCACGAGGAGAUCUGGCUGCGCCGCCCACUUGGCUUCACUGGGUCUUUCCCUCCUGGUACCCAGUGGAGUCUCCGGCGUCCAGUCUACGGUCUCCGCCAGGCGCCACGUGAGUGGCACGACACACUGAGGACUACGCUUGCGGCUCUUGGGUUUGCUCCUUCUACUGCCGACCCGUCGCUGUUUCUACGCACCGACACCUCUCUGCCGCCGUUCUACAUCCUCGUGUACGUCGACGACUUGGUCUUUGCCACAGCUGACACUGCUGGACUCGCCCACGUGAAGUCCGAGCUGCAGAAGAGACACACGUGCACAGACCUGGGUGAACUGCGCAGCUACCUUGGCUUGCAGAUCAACCGGGACAGAGCACGCCGCACCAUUACCCUGACUCAGUCACACAUGGUGCAGCAGGUCCUUCAGCGCUUCGGCUUCACGUACUCCUCGCCUCAGGCCACUCCUCUGCCUACUCGCCACUCACUCUCAGCUCUGCCUUCGGAUGAGUCCGUAGAGACGAGUGGCCCGUAUCCAGAGCUUGUUGGCUGCCUCAUGUACCUGAUGACCUGCACACGACCUGACCUUGCAUACCCUCUUAGCAUUCUUGCACGCUAUGUUGCUCCUGGGAGACACCGACCAGAGCACAUGGCUGCAGCGAAGAGGGUGUUGCGAUACUUGUGCAGUACGUCGGGCAUGGGACUAGUGCUUGGAGGGCGGAGUCCAGUGGUCCUCACUGGGCACGCGGACGCUUCUUGGGCUGACGACCAGGCUACGCAGCGGUCGUCGCAGGGUUACACCUUCAGUCUUGGUUCCGGCUCUGUCUCGUGGCGAGCUACUCGCUCGUCCUCUGUUCUCGGCUCCAGUUGUGAGGCUGAGAUCUACGCCGGGGCCAUGGCUGCACAGGAGCUUCGCUGGCUCACCUACCUGCUGACUGACCUUGGAGAGCCGCCUCGUUCUCCUCCAGUGCUGUACGUAGACAACAAGGCCAUGCUGGCCUUGUGUCGAGAGCAGCGCUUGGAGCACAGAACGAAGCACAUUGCUCUCCGUUACUUUCUUGCUCGUGAGCUGCAGCAGCGUGGUCAGUUGCGACUUGCGUUGAGUCUCGACACCCCUCCCAUGAGCAGUCCGUUCCCCCAUUUCCUCCCCCCCUUCUCCCCCUUUUGUGCGGACGACCCGCGGUCACGAAAUAGCCCCCACCCACCCCACUCACUUGCUCCCUCCCCCUUUGCACACCCCUCGCUCUCGCCCCUGCGCCCCUAG